AGAUGUCAUCAAAUAGAUAUUUAUAUUUUUUUAUUUUACAUUGAAGAUCCAUAAUAUAUUAAAAAUGUUAUUUUUUCACUACAUUUCCUCCAAAAUAACAGAUACUACCAUUGAAUCUCUGUCAAAGAGAGUUUUAUCUGUUUCUCCUGCAUAGUAAUACAUUACACAUUUAGUUUUAUAACAAAAUAAAAACUAAAAUGUGGCGAAACCUAACCAGGAGUUUUCAGCAAGGUUUAAAACGAAGUUUAGGGUUUGCAGAAAAAUCUGACACCUGUAUUAAGGAUGGGAAAAGCAGUAGUUCGAACAAUCAAAAAUGUAUCACCACAACAGAAUUACUUCCAGGUGCUUUUGAUAAUGUAAAUCGCUGUUUAUUUAAAGUUUAUGGCGAUCAAGGUCAAGGAGACUAUUAUCAAAGGUCCAAUAAUAUCGGUCAGCAUACAUUUUUUGAAGCCUUUGGUUGGAGUGGAGCUCUUGUGUUUGGUUGGAUUAUAUCAAAACAAUUUUGGCUAUCACACACUUGGACCCGAGACAGAGAUGAACAAAACGAACCAAAUAGAUGUCCUAGGAAAAGAUUUGUUGAAUUAAUAACUUUAAUUGUCAAAACACAGCCACCUGUGUCUUUUGUUUUACCUCAAUUACAGACGACUCAAGCCGUAAAAUCCAAUCAAGGUAAUGAGGGAAAAUUGUCUAGUGAUUUGGAUGAGGAAUUUGACACAGCUGCUAAAGAACUACAGGAAGUUCAUAACAGAGCUAUUGCUGAAGCGCUGAACAGACGAGGCAUAUCUUGCCUUUCAAAAUCAACAGCUUCAGAGGCAUUUAAAUAUUUUCAAAAAUCAUCUGACUUAAAUUACGCACCAGCAAGUUUUAAUAUGGGACAAUGUUGUGAACUAGGCAUUGGAACUAAACAAGAUUUCAAGAAAGCAGCUGAAUGGUACACAAUAGCAUCGAAUCAAGGGCAUGCCACUGCUAUGUACAAUCUUGGUGUAUUUUAUGCCCAUGGUUGGGGUGGCUUACAAGCGAAUAUAGAAACAGCAAAACACCUGUUUGGUAAAGCAGCAAAACUUGGCCAGCCUGAUGCAAAAGCAGCUCUUGACAAAGAAUUUAAAUCCAAGAAUACCCUGAUUUCAUUGCAGAAAACUAAAGAAAUCAAAGCAGGAAAUCAGUUGAAAUCUCAGGAGAUGGAUUUAAUUAUAAAUAGCAUGAGGAGCGGGCUCACUGAUGAUGUUUUCCAGAGAGGGUUUGCAAAGGAUAAACACUGGAAUAUUCCAAUAAAUAGCACAGUAGCUUUCUAGAUUAAAUUAGUCUUUAGACCUGUUGAAAUUGUUAUUAAGAAUGUCUAAAAUAAUAAUACAAAUAAUUGCCAAACCAGUCAUUAACAAAGUUUAUACUGUAUGAAAUACAGGUUAUUUUAACUUAAGUGAAAGGUCAUCUAAAUUUCUACUAGAUACAUUGACAGUUUGUACAGUAUUUAAAACUGUUAGCCAGUAAAAUAUUUUAUGCUUUUAAAACUAAACCUUAAAAGGUAACAAAAUCAACUGAAAAGCUUAAAUCAAUUUUUAUUUUGGCAAAUAAAUUUUCAUAUAUCCAUCAAGGCCUAUUAGUUGAAGAAGUGGUAAUAUAAUAAUUAUGUUUACAACUUCAAAUCUGUUUAUACUUAAAUUACUUAGAAUGCAUUAUAAAUACUGCAAUAGAAAAAUAUAUAUAUUAAUUUCCGGAAAGGAAAACAUAAUUCAUUAUUUUACACAAAUCAUCUUCAAAAGUUCUACUAUCAUCUGUUUUCAAAAUAAUAACAGCUACUUAAGUUCUCACUUGCUAGUUAUAAAUUCAUCCAAUGGCUUUAAUUAAACAGCGAAUAAGUGCUUUCAUGACCAAAAGCUGCAGUAUAGUAGGCGGCCACCACUACAAUUCAAUCAUGGUACCAAGUUUUUGAUUAGAAAUAUUUAAACUAUUGAAUAUAAAAAGAUUCUUACAAUUUAUUAUUGCUGGCUCUUUUUAAUGUAUGUAAAUAUUUUGUUUGUGUCACAAGCUGUCAGAUACGUUUAUUCUUCA